GCCCUCGGCCAGGCCUCCCAGUUCCCUACUUUGCGUGUCUACCAACUUCGAAUUCCCAGUUUGAGCGCCUCGCUGCCGCCCGCGAUCUCUACUCUGCCUCCUGGGGUCUUCUCCCAAUGUCUAGCCCCCACCUAAGGGGACCUAGCCGAGCCAGUGGGGACUGGAUCUGAAGGGUGGAGCGGCCAGGUGAGCCCUGAAAGGUGGGGCGGGGCGGGGGCGCUCUGGGCCCCACCCCGGGAUCUGGUGACGCCGGGGCUGGAAUUUGACACCGGACGGCGGCGGGCAGGAGGCUGCUGAGGGAUGGAGUUGGGCUCGGCCCCCAGAUGCGGCCCGCGGGCUCUGCCAGCAACAAGUCCCUCGGGCCCCAGCCUUCGCUGCGACUGGGGCUCGGAGCCCUGCACCCGAGCUGCCUCCAAAAAGUGGGUGGGGACACAGGCCCACGAAGGCUGAUGGGAGCUCCUGGUGUUGACAGAGAUGGAACUAGGACUUGGAGACCCUACUGCAUUGCCCCACUGCCUCCGGCCUAGGUGGCAGCCAGCCUUGUGGCCAACCCUAGCUGCUCUUGCCCUGCUGAGCAGCGUCACAGAAGCCUCCCUGGACCCCAUGUCCCGCAGCCCCGACACUCGCCAUGGUCCCUCGCCGGUCCUGGCGCCCCCAACCGGCCACCUGCCUGGUAGGGGGACGCACUGCGCAUUUGUGCAGCGAAAGAGCCCUGCCACCACCGCCACAGUCUCCCCAGCCUGCACCCCCACCGCCAGGUCCCGCGCUCCAGUCUCCUCCCGCUGCGCUCCGUGGGGUACGCGCAGCGCGUGUAGGGACCCGAAGCAGCCGUGCGCGGGCCACAGAUGUGCGCGGCUGUCGCCUGCGUUCGCAACUGGUGCCGGUGAGCGCGCUUGGCCUAGGUCACAGCUCCGACGAGCUGGUACGUUUCCGCUUCUGCAGCGGCUCGUGCCGCCUAGCACGCUCGCCGCACGACCUCAGCCUGGCCAGUCUACUGGGCGCCGGGGCCCUGCGAUCGCCCCCUGGGUCCCGGCCAAUCAGCCAGCCCUGCUGCCGGCCCACUCGCUAUGAAGCUGUCUCCUUCAUGGACGUGAACAGCACCUGGAGGACCGUGGACCACCUUUCUGCCACUGCCUGCGGCUGUCUGGGCUGAGGAUGCUCUCCAAGCCAUUGCACACUGGACCUUUACCCAUGUGUCGCCCUGCCUGGAACAAUCCCACCUGGCCACUAGCCAGGAACCUCAGCCUGAAAUUGAGGCUGCCCAGCUCAGGCCCC